AUGGCCGAAAUCCCAGAGCCCAAAGGGCUGCCAUUGAUCGGCAACAUUGGCACAAUUGACCAGGAAUUCCCCCUGGGUUCCAUGGUCGCUUUAGCAGAAGAGCAUGGCGAGAUUUAUCGACUGCGAUUUCCCGGCCGGACGGUCGUCGUCGUUUCUACCCACGCGCUGGUGAACGAAACCUGCGACGAGAAGCGCUUCAGAAAGUCCGUCAAUUCGGCCCUGGCGCACGUUCGUGAAGGUGUUCAUGAUGGACUAUUCACUGCCAAGAUGGGCGAAGUCAACUGGGAGAUCGCCCAUAGGGUCCUGAUGCCGGCCUUUGGGCCGCUUUCCAUCCGAGGCAUGUUCGAUGAGAUGCACGACAUUGCCAGCCAGCUGGCCCUGAAGUGGGCGCGGUACGGGCCCGACUGCCCCAUCAUGGUCACAGACGACUUUACCCGUCUGACGCUGGACACGCUGGCACUGUGCUCGAUGGGCUACAGAUUCAACAGCUACUACUCACCGGUGUUGCAUCCGUUCAUCGAAGCUAUGGGCGAUUUCCUCACGGAGGCUGGAGAGAAGCCGCGGCGGCCACCUUUGCCGGCCGUGUUCUUCCGCAAUCGCGAUCAGAAGUUCCAAGACGACAUUGCUGUGCUCCGGGAUACAGCGCAGGGGGUUCUCCAGGCGCGCAAGGAAGGGAAGAGUGAUCGCAAUGAUCUUCUUUCGGCCAUGCUGCGCGGCGUGGACUCACAAACUGGACAGAAAAUGACAGACGAGAGUAUCAUGGAUAAUCUAAUCACAUUCCUGAUUGCUGGCCACGAGACUACCUCUGGCCUCCUCUCAUUCGUGUUCUAUCAAUUGCUGAAACACCCAGAAACUUACCGCACAGCGCAGCAAGAGGUGGACAACGUGGUUGGUCAGGGAGUCAUUGAAGUAUCGCACUUGUCUAAGCUUCCCUAUAUCAACAGUGUUCUCCGUGAAACCCUCCGUCUCAACGCGACAAUUCCCCUGUUCACGGUGGAGGCUUUUGAGGAUACGCUCCUUGCGGGCAAGUACCCCGUCAAGGCGGGUGAGACUAUUGUCAAUCUCCUAGCCAAGUCGCAUCUGGACCCGGAGGUAUACGGAGAGGACGCACUGGAGUUCAAGCCGGAGCGAAUGUCAGACGAGUUGUUCAACGCGCGCCUGAAACAAUUCCCAAGUGCGUGGAAGCCAUUUGGCAACGGGAUGCGGGCUUGCAUUGGACGACCUUUUGCCUGGCAGGAAGCUCUCUUGGUCAUGGCCAUGCUUCUCCAAAACUUUGACUUCUCACUAGCUGAUCCUAAUUAUGACCUCAAGUUCAAACAGACAUUGACCAUUAAACCAAAAGACAUGUUUAUGAAAGCACGCUUGCGUCACGGCCUGACCCCAACGACGCUCGAGCGUCGACUGGCGGGGCUGGCUGUUGAGUCCGCAACACAGGACAAGAUUGUCACCAACCCUGCGGAUAAUUCAGUCACCGGUACCCGGUUGACGAUCCUCUAUGGCUCAAAUAGCGGAACAUGCGAAACGCUAGCGCGGCGUAUUGCAGCCGAUGCCCCGUCUAAGGGCUUCCAUGUCAUGCGGUUUGACGGUCUUGACAGUGGUCGUUCCGCGCUCCCUACGGACCACCCUGUCGUGAUCGUAACCUCCUCAUACGAAGGACAGCCUCCUGAGAACGCGAAACAAUUCGUUUCUUGGCUGGAAGAACUUGAGCAGCAGAAUGAAUCAUUACAGCUCAAAGGAGUCGACUUUGCUGUAUUCGGCUGCUUCAAGGAAUGGGCCCAGACGUUUCACCGCAUCCCUAAGUUGGUCGACAGCCUGCUGGAGAAGCUGGGAGGCAGUCGCCUCACUGAUUUGGGGCUGGCGGAUGUAUCCACUGAUGAGCUAUUCUCGACAUUUGAAACAUGGGCCGACGAUGUGCUCUGGCCUCGCCUAGUCGCGCAGUAUGGCGCAGACGGAAAGACGCAGGCCCAUGGCUCAUCCGCUGGCCACGAAGCAGCUUCUAAUGCGGCUGUAGAGGUGACCGUCUCCAACUCGAGGACACAAGCCUUGCGCCAGGAUGUGGGCCAGGCGAUGGUUGUGGAAACCCGGCUGCUUACCGCUGAGAGCGAGAAGGAGCGGCGUAAGAAGCACUUGGAGAUUCGCUUGCCAGAUGGCGUAAGCUACACUGCAGGCGAUUACCUCGCAGUGCUGCCUAUCAACCCGCCCGAGACCGUUCGCCGAGCAAUGCGGCAGUUCAAGCUGUCCUGGGAUGCGCAGAUCACCAUUGCACCCUCGGGGCCAACGACUGCCCUGCCAACAGACGGGCCCAUAGCGGCGAACGAUAUCUUCAGUACUUAUGUCGAACUCUCCCAACCCGCCACUCGCAAAGACUUGAGGAUCAUGGCCGAUGCGACGACGGACCCGGACGUACAGAAGAUCCUCCGAACCUACGCCAACGAAACCUACACAGCCGAAAUCCUCACCAAGAGCAUUUCAGUCCUUGACAUCCUCGAACAACAUCCCGCAAUUGACCUCCCAUUGGGAACAUUCCUACUAAUGCUUCCAUCUAUGCGCAUGCGCCAAUAUUCCAUCUCCUCCUCACCCCUCCUUACCCCUACCACCGCCACCAUAACAAUUUCCGUUCUUGAUGCCCCAUCACGCUCUCGAUCCAAUGGAUCCCGUCAUCUCGGCGUCGCAACUUCAUACCUUGAUUCUCUCAGUGUAGGCGACCAUCUCCAAGUGACAGUGCGGAAGAACCCUUCGUCGGGAUUCAGAUUGCCCAGCGAGCCGGAAACCACGCCGAUGAUCUGUAUCGCGGCGGGAUCAGGGAUCGCCCCUUUCCGUGCAUUUUUGCAGGAGAGGGCGGUGAUGAUGGAACAAGACAAGGACCGCAAACUGGCUCCGGCAUUGCUUUUCUUUGGAUGCCGGGCUCCCGGGAUAGAUGAUCUUUAUCGGGAGCAGUUGGAGGAAUGGCAGGCCCGCGGGGUCGUGGAUGCCCGAUGGGCGUUCAGCCGGCAAUCUGAUGACACGAAAGGGUGUCGACACGUGGACGAUCGAAUCCUGGCUGAUCGAGAGGAUGUGGUGAAGUUGUGGAGAGACGGUGCGAGGGUGUAUGUUUGUGGUUCGGGGGCGCUGGCUCAGUCGGUUCGAAGCGCUAUGGUUACGGUCCUGCGGGACGAGAUGGAAACGACCGGCGACGGUUCGGACAAUGGAAAGGCGGAGAAGUGGUUCGAUGAGCAGAGGAAUGUGCGAUAUGUGAUGGAUGUUUUCGAUUAG